AUGGGACCCUCGACAGAACAAAGAACAACAGUGGAAACAACCACGGCUACAAGCAUACCAUCAGCUACAACACCAACAACAGAACAAUCAACUACACAGGCUGCAACCACAUAUGAAACAACUGCAUCAACAGCAACUGUAGCCUCAAGCACUACAACCCAGGAACCUAUUACUACCGAGGAAAUAACUACAGCUACAACUGUACUGACAACAGCACAAACAGAACUAUCAACUACACAGGCUACAACAAGCACAGGACCAACAACAGUACAAACAACUGCAUCCACAGCUACUUCAGCUCCAUCCACUACAACUGAGGAAGCAACAACUACAGCGGAAACAACUACAACUUUAACGCCUGCAGCAACAACAGAAUUUACCACUUCCACUGUAUCAACUACACAGGCUACAACAAUCAGGGGACCCUCGACAGUAGAAACAACUACAUCUACAACUACUCCAGCUCCAACCAGUACAAUUCAGGAACAAACAACAACAGUGCAAACAACCACAGCUACAAGUAUACCAUCACAUACAACAGAACUCACCAGUACUAUAGUGUCCGCAACACAGGCUGCAACCACAUAUGAAACAACUGCAUCAACAGCAACUGUAGCCCCAAGCACUACAACCCAGGAACCAAGUACUACCGAGGAAACACCUACAGCUACAACUGUACUGACAACAGCACAAACAGAACUAUCAACUACACAGGCUACAACAAGCACAGGACCAACAACAGUAGAAACAACUGCAUCCACAGCUACUUCAGCUCCAUCCACUACAACUGAGGAAGCAACAACUACAGAGGAAACAACUACAACUUUAACGCCUGCAGCAACAACAGAAUUUACCACUUCCACAGUAUCAACUACACAGGCUACAACAAGCACGGGACCCUCGACAGUAGAAACAACUCCAUCUACAACUACUACAGCUCCAACCACAACAAGUGAGACAGCAACAACUACAGAGGAAACAACCACAGCUACAACUACAACUUUAAAUACAGCAGCAACAACAGAAUUAACCACUUCCACAGUACCAACUACACAGACUACAACAAGCACAGGACCAACGACAGUAGAAACAACUUCAUCUACAGCUACUUCAGCUCCAACCAGUACAAUUCAGGAACCUACAACUACAACAGUACUGACAGCAACAACUGAACUGACCACUAGCACUCUAUCCACAACAGAAGCUACAUCAAGCACACAGCCAACAACUGAACAAACAACUGCAGCUACAACAACUGUAGCCUCAACCACUACAACUCAGGAACAAACAACAACAGUGGAAACAACCACGGCUACAAGCAUACCAUCAACUACAACACCAACAACAGAACAAUCAACUACACAGGCUGCAACCACAUAUGAAACAACUGCAUCAACAGCAACUGUAGCCCCAAGCACUAGAACCCAGGAACCUAUUACUACCAAGGAAACAACUACAGCUACAACUUUCCACAGUAUCAACUACACAGGCUACAACAAGCACGGGACCCUCGACAGUAGAAACAACUCCAUCUACAACUACUACAGCUCCAACCACAACAAGUGA